AUGGCCUUGAGAGAUACCUCGGACCGAAACCCGGAUGCUGUGGCCAUUCGCUUACGCCUGGUGCAUGCCACCGUGGCCUGUCGGCAGCCUGACGAAGACCUCGCCAGGUGUGCCUUCGCCGACGCGGCGAGCUACAUCUCCCACUUGACACACGUAAGCCAGAGCUGCUGCAUGUCCCUGGACGAAGAGCUGGAGCUAUGGAACAGCUUGAGCUCCAUGAAGAGCGAAAUGGAGGCCACCAAUCGCUUCAUCGCAUGGCGCCGAAGCGUGCUGCUGGCUUGGAAGCAAGGCUCCUCCGAGGUGGACGUGCCAUGGGCGCGGCGUUGCCCCGGUGCGUGGCUUUCCACCGUUCUUGAUGACGAAGAGCAGGCGGUCUAUCUCCAGAAUCUGCCUGUGACAGAAAUCGACUGCAUCGGCCGCCCGACGAUGUAG